UCACACUUUCUCCAAGAAAAGAAUAAUUAUUCGUUCACGUUCUUUGCGAAAGCUCAAACAUGAAGAGAGUUUCUCAACUGGGGCUUGGUUUCCUCUUUUGUUUUGUGCUGUUUUCGUUUGUAUUUUUCUCGGCAAAAUGUAGCGAUCUCGAUGUUGUAUCUCAGAAAAGAAACGAAGUAAAAUCAAAAGAAAACGACGAAAGACGUAAAAACACAGAAAUUGAAAGAAUAUAUGAUGAAGGAAUUUAUCGAAAGAACGGAUUUGCUGCCGUUUCUAAAGCAAUUUUGAAAAUCGGAAAAGCAGUCGAACCAGAGAUGGCUACCAUCACGAAUAACAGCAUGUCAGCCAUGGACGCUAUUUCUCGCUGUUGUAAGAAGUACCCUGAAGCAUGCGAUGCAAACAAGAGGGUUGUAGAGCAUCAAGGACAGAUACAAAACACAGCUGAUCUCAUUCAAAACAUACAACUUGAAGCUCAAAAUCUUCAAAAAUGGACCGAAUCCACCCAAAACAAGUUUUCGGUGAUGAUCAUCGAGUUGAGCAAAAUAAUCGAGGACUCAGAGAUGGUUAUGAAAAGCGUCUCCCCUGAAACUAUGGACCAAAUGAACAAGAAAACAUCUGAGGUUAAAAAGACAGUCGAGAAGAAAAUCAAGAGUGGUAAAAAAGUAGAAUAUGACGAAAUCAAUAUCAUGCUCAGCCAAGCUUACAAAUCGGUCAUUAGCAGCACCACGAAGAUCUUUAACAUUCUUCUAGAAAGCAUCCCAAAGGUCAUUGAGUUUGCAACUGAUAGAGUGGCAAACAGAAGGGCAAAGAAGUUAGAAGAUCUUGGUACCUCUGAUCCAAACCAAUCACUAGAAUCACGAGGCUGGCUGGUUAAGAACAGAAAACAAAUUUUUCAUGACUUAGCCAUCAUAAAGAAAAACCUUCAAGCUGAAUACUUCAAAGCGACAAAAACCCUUAAUGAAGUGAGCAAGAAUGUGGAUAUCUUACACAAUUUUCUUUCAACAGGUAAUAAGCUGUACAGGAAAGUAAAAUCCGCUAGGAGUUGUUGCCAGAAAAGAAAUUACGUUUUGGAUGCAGCAGCAGAACUGAAUAAAGCUUUACCGUUGAUGCAAAAUGUUCUAGCUGAGGUGAGAACCUCGAAAAGGAUUAUUGAGCAGGCAUGGGCCCUGAUGAAAAGCCAUUUGACAAGUAAACCUCUUGGUAACGAUUUGAGUCACAUCAAUCAGAUGUUGAAGGACAUUUCGAUGACAAAUCCAAAGAUUGAUCUAAUGUCGGUGCAGAUAGAGCAUUUUCUGAAAAUGACAAAUGACAAAAAUACGCCAGAGGAGAUGACGUAUAAUGCGGUUGAAGACUUGACAACAAUAAUACGCCAAACGGAUGUCACUAUAAACUGCUACAUUACCAAGAUGCAGCUAAUCAACUAUGUGAUAACAGAAUGCAGCAAAGGUAUUGCCGAUAUCAGUCAUCUCUACGAUCAAGGUGUUGCAAUGCUGGAUAUUGAUGCCAGCCAAUGCGAAAGGGGAAUGGGAAUCGUCCACAUCAGCAAAAGUGCCAUCAAAAAUAACCUGCCCAAAAUAGCAAAAGUAAAGAAAUUUAACCCCAACUGUGUGCUCAACUCUAAGAUGAAGAAGGAAUAUUGCUGUCAACUUUACAGUAGUGGAUUUUCAGUAGAAGAUGUUGCAAAAAAGACGAAUCUGAGCCCUGAAGAUGUAAAACAAAUGAUUGCAAAUUGCCCAAAACAAGGCAUGCCGCCUAAAAUGAUAGCAGUCAUUUGCAAACUGAGGAAGAUGAUGACAAAUGAAAAAAUUGCCAAGAUACUCAAACUGGACGUCAAUGAUGUGAAGGAAGUCAAGUGCUAGAAUUCAUGAAGCGAUAUGCAUAUAAUAAUGCUUGAGAUAAACCACCCUUUCCCCUUUAAUUAAACCGAAUAUGACAAUAAA